GUAGAUGAUGGUGAAUGAACUGAAUGAGUGUUUUCAGCAUAGUAUAUGAGGGGAACUCAAAUUGUGCUCACUCGGCAUCAUAUUUAGAUGGUCGUACGCACACAGCAUGUGUCGAAAAUGUCGUACGAAGGAAUAUUUAUGUGCUAUGACGAGCGAAACGGGAAGGUCGUGUGCCAAAAUAAAGGAAUAAGCACGGCGUUAGAAAAAAACGCAGGCAGUAGAGCUAAGGUUUCGAGGGUAUUUUAAGCUGGAUCAGACAUUUUACUACCACAUUUGCUAAGGUAACUUCAACAGGAUCACAUCGUUGCAAACGUUAGCUAAAAUAAUAUUUAGUGAUUUAAGUUAUAAAUAUAUUAAAAAUAUGGCUACUACCAACUACUACGCUGAGUACGCAAACAACGCAAUGAUGACUCAGCAACAAGCGUAUGCUUAUAAUGGAUAUUACAGCAACAAUAUGCCUUAUUACGAUACAGCCGGUGGCAGCAACUUUAUGCACAAUUUGGAUCACACCCGUUUUUCUAGUGAAGUAUGGAGUUAUAACAACUCAGCAUCUACAGAAUCAUACUGUCAAUAUAUUGGUUAUAAAAAUACGAUUAAUCAAAAUACUUCCGACGGGAGGAAGGAUGAAGCGAAGAGAAGUCCUUUUGUUGUCACAGAUUUAAAAACUUUUGAGGAUAAACACUCUACUCAACCGAUUAAGCGAAAGCAAAUCGAAUGCGAGGAAAAUAUAUCACAAGAAACAGAAAAACCCAGUACCUUACGUUCCUUACUUACUAAUCCUGCAAAGAAAUUGAAGUAUAAUCCAAACUACUUUUUUACCACAAUGGAAAAGGUUAGCUCGCCAAAUAAACAAUCAACCAGCAAAUGCAGUACAAAUUCCAUAAGUGAUAAUGGAACUGGUUACCCAGCCAGUGCACCGUCCAGUUUGGAGCAGGAUGUUACCGUUGACGGCAGUCGUAUAUCAACACCUUCCACCCAUAGUACACUGCCAUCACCAAGCCGAACCGAAAUGAGUUAUUUGGAGGCAUACUCUCCACAAUCUUUGAAACAAUUGAAUCAUGGAAAAACCAGCGAUUACUUUACACCACCUCCAUCGAAUGCAUCUGCAACUAUGCCGGCAACUACAAUAGAGCAGCCAUUGUUGGCGAUCGCGUCAACUAUUGCUGAACCAAUAAAAACCAGUCUCUCCAGAAGCACAUCUCACGUCGGUGGUAUUAGCACACCACCCUUGUCGCCGCAAGACCAAACUGUCAAUCAACAUAAAGACCAGCCAUUGCAAUUGCAGCAACAUGAAAUCAAUCAUCAAAUUUUGACAGAUACAGCAGCAGAGAUUAAUUGGUCCCUCUGUGAAGACAAUUCACCAGCAGAUGGUAAAGAUUCAAAGCGCACACGUCAGACCUAUACACGUUUCCAAACGGUGGAGUUGGAAAAGGAGUUCUAUUCAAAUCGUUAUAUUAGCCGCAGUCGUCGUAUAGAAAUUGCCAAUACGUUAUCACUCACUGAACGUCAAAUAAAAAUUUGGUUUCAGAAUAGGCGCAUGAAAUGCAAGAAGGACCGCACCCUGGAACCCGCCGCUCCGGAAUUACAUGGUCUUCCACACUACCCAACCACCAACUCUGAAGCUUGUCCACCUGCGCAAUCAUCUUCCCCAGGACAAUAUUUGUACUUGGGUGCCCAAACUAACGGCCCCAUUCCGCCUACUUAUCCAAAUUACAUGGCUGGUGGGCAAGCUUAUUCGCCAAAUGCAAUGACCGCUUAUCCAGCACAGGAUACUUUUCCACAUUGUGGCCAAAUGUAUGGUGCUAGGUCAGCAGGACAAUCACUGUACAAUCAGAAUCAUCAUCAGUAUCCACAGCAGUCACCAUAUCUAUUGGCCCAGCAGUAUCCACCACACACCUACCAGCAGCAGCAGUACCUCCAACAGCGCCAGCAUAAACAAUCUUUAGACCAAUCAAUAACACAACAACAACUGCAACAGGUAUUGCCUUCACAGCAUCAGCAUCAACAGCAAAUGGCAAACUCAUCAACAGGAUCCUCGAUGUAUUUGCCGUAGAAGCCAAAGCGUGGUGAUCCACAAACGUUAGAAACACACAGUCAGUUGACUGUGCGGUACUCAGAGGGUGCAUGGAUGCACAAACAUUUCGAUUUUCUGCCGUUUAACUAUGUUAGAUAAACGGUCAAAGAAAAAUACCGAUUUUUGAGGGAUCGCAAUGAAAGCACACAGGUAGAUCCCCUGCGGACUCGUGUGCACACUCUAGUAGAAAAAUACAUUCACAGGAAAACUCACUUCCGUCAAAAGGUUGACAUUUUACCGAUUUUACCGUAGAUAGUAGGACAAGGAUGGAUUAGAGUGCGUUUCGAGUAAAGUUUUCAGCUGCUGAGUUUACAGAGCAGCGAAGCGGGUGACAACCGCGGUCAAAAUUCAUAAAUUAUUAGAGUACUUCUAUAGAAGUAUACUCAGCCGCCUAGUUCUACUAGAACCAGGUUGUGCAUUGUGAUGAAAGCCGAAUCAUACAAAAAAUGUAAAGCAUAUAUGUAUAAAGGAAUACCUGAUAGAUAUAAAUGUAUAAGCAAGUAGUAAUUUAAUAAUAUUUAUAAUGAGUUCUUUAUUUUAUAUAAAAAUCUUUGAUAUAAUAUAUUGUAUAUUAAGACUAAAUUUUGGAAUUGUCUAAUUGUCAGGAAACGGUUAGCCAACUAUUUAGUAGAAAUCAUCCCUAGAAUGUUGUAAUUAAUAUAUAUGCAGUUAAACCCUACGCAAAUAGCCUCGCGUUUAUAUGUACAAAGUUUAGUGAAAUCACAACAGCUGCAACGAUUUCCCCCCUAUCGCCAAUAUUUUUCAGCAAUAAAUUCUACUUUUCGAAACAAAAA